AUGAGGAUGCUACUGACUAUCCUGGCUGUGGGAUCCCUGGUCGCUCACGUUGCUGAGGACACCUCGGAUCUUCUUCAGCACGUCAAAUUCCAGUCCAGCAACUUUGAAAACAUCCUGACGUGGGACAGCGGGCUGGAGAGCGCCCCAGACACAGUCUACAGUGUCGAGUAUAAGACGUACGGAGAGACAGAGUGGCUGGCGAAGGAGGGCUGCCAGCAGAUCGCCCGGAAAUCCUGCAACCUGACCCUGGAGACUGGCAACCUCACAGAGCUCUAUUAUGCCAGGGUAACUGCCAUCAGCGCAGGGGGCCGGUCAGCCACCAAGAUGACCGACCGGUUCAGCUCGCUGCAACACACUACCAUCAAACCACCUGAUGUGACCUGUAUCCCCAAGGUAAGAUCCAUCCAGAUGAUUAUCCAUCCUACCUCCACGCCCAUCCACGCAGGGGAUGGCCACCGACUGACCCUGGAGGACAUCUUCCAAGAUCUGUUCUACCGCUUGGAGCUCCAUGUCAACCACACCUACCAAAUGCACCUUGGAGGGAAGCAGAAAGAAUACGAGUUCAUCGGCCUGACCCCUGACACGGAGUUCCUUGGGACCAUCGUGAUUUUUGUUCCAACCUGGUCCAAAGAGAGCGCCCCCUACGUGUGCCGAGUGAAGACGCUGCCAGAUCGGACGUGGACCUACGCCUUCUCAGGGGCCUUCCUGUUCUCCACGGGCUUCCUCGUCGCCGGGCUCUGCUACCUGAGCUACAGAUACGUCACCAAGCCGCCUUUACCUCCCAACUCCCUGAACGUCCAGCGCGUCCUGACAUUCCAGCCUCUGCGCUUCAUCGAGGAGCACAUCCUGAUCCCCGCCUUUGACCUCAGCAGCCCCGGCGGUCCGGCCCAGCCUGUGCAGUACUCCCAAGUCAAGGUCUCUGGGCCCAGGGAGCCCCCAGGAGCCCCACGACGGCACAGACUGUCCGAGGUCACCUACCUCGGGCAGCAGGACAUCAUCCUCCAGCCCUCCGGAGUGCCACCUCACCAGACACUCCCCACACUGUCCUAUGCCCCACAGACUGCCCCUGAGGUCCCAGCCUACGCACCUCAAGUGAGCCCCGAAGCUAAACCCCCAUUCUACACUUCACAGGCCACCUCUGAGGUCCAGCCUCCCUCCUACACCCCUCAGGCCGCUCGGGACAGCUGGCCUCCUUCCUAUGGGAUAUGCAUGGAAGGCUCUGGCAAAGACUCUCCACCUGUGACACUCGCUAGUCCCAAACACCUCAGGUCUAUAGGUCAGCUCCAGAAAGAGGCACCAGCUGGAAGCUGUAUCCCAGGUGGCCUUUCUCUGGAAGAGGUGACCUCCUUGGCUAUGGAGGACCCCCAAGAAGCAAAAUCCUUCCACAUGGACAGCACACCUGACCCUGAUGUGCUACACAGAGGGGAACCAGGGACAGCAGGGUACCUAAGGGGCCAGCUGCCCCUCCUAUCCUCUGUCCAGAUCGAGGGCCACCCCAUGCCCCUCCCUUUGCACACUCCUUCCCUCCCAUGUUCCCCCACGGACCAGGGUCCAAGUCCAUGGGGCCUGCUGGAGUCCCUCGUGUGUCCCAAGGAUGAGGAUCCAGUGUCCAACACUGAGGCCAAGAGCCUAGCCCCUCGGGCCUCAGACCUGGAGCAGCCUGUGGAGCUGGACUCUCUUUUCAGAGGCCUGGCCCUGACCGUGCAGUGGGAACCCUGAGCGGAGAAUGAGGCGGGCCUGGGGCUUCCUCACGUCCCCGCCCCAACCUCACAUCCGCAGCCGUCACUCCCACGCCCAACCAGGCUGCACACUCUGCAGCAGCCUCAGGUGGGCGCCCUCGAGAGAACAAGAGGAAGAGGGAUGCUGGGCCC